AUGUUCUACGAAAUCUUUUGCGGCAGUGCGGUUCGUAUCGUGCUCGUUGCAACGGCUAUGGAGGAAGUUGAAGACCUCGAAAAAUGCUGGGGCGAGAACGAAGUUUGCUUUCAAGGAUACAAUAUGAGCUUUGAUGGACACGCCUGCAUCACAGCUAUCAAGGGGAGGGAGGGGAGGCUCCAAAAGGAAUAUGAUAAAUCGAAGAGGGACAUUGAAGACUUGAUAGAGACGAAUUCGAAAGUUCGACCAUGGAAGAUGCAGGAGGAGACCUGGUUCCAACGAGUAGUGGUAGGCUUCUUCCAAUUUGGGAUGACCGAUGGCGAUGAGAAAGUCCUGUACAAGGCCUUACGGAAUACUGGCAUGGACAAGGGAAAAGCCCGAGACUUCGCAAAAA